CACUGUUGUACAACCAAAAAGUCACGCUUUAACCGGCAGAGGUCGGGGAGGUUUACAUGCUGGCUACUUGAUUUUGACCUCUGCAGAUGUUUGCCUUGUGAAGGAUGCUGGGAAUCAGGUGCCGGGGAUGUCUGGAUUUCCUAGUGACAUCUGGGAGACUCCUGAAGUCCACCUCCAGUGGUGCAGGUAGACUAGUUCUGUCCAAGUGGGGCUGCGCUUCCACACACCACCACCAGAGGGCUGUCCUCACGCGACCCUCCUCCUGCUGUGCACCUGGUCUCUUGGGAUCACUAUCAGAGGGUCUGGGCGCGCUGGGAAGGAAAGGAAGCCAUGGCUGUCCGGCUUUCUCCUCCUCAGUCCCACGGAGAGGGCUCUCUCGGGGCCCCACGAAGCCCACCCCGGUGAUUAAGCUGCGGACGCGGCUGGCGGUGACGCUGCUCUUCGGCGGGGGGAUCCUGGGCACGUGGUGGUACGUGCGUUCGGAGAAGCAGCGCCAGCUCCAGCUGCAGCGGAUGGAGCAGCUGAGGCAGGCGGCCGUGGGCCAGGGCGACUUCCGCCUGGUGGACCACACCGGGAGGCCCCGCACCAAGCGGGACUUCCUGGGCCAGUGGGUGCUGCUGUAUUUCGGCUUCACCCACUGCCCGGACAUCUGCCCCGACGAGCUGGAGAAGAUCUGCAGCGCGGUGAGCGCCCUGGACCGCGAGGCGGGGCUCCCGCCGGUACAGCCCCUCUUCGUCACCGUCGACCCCGAGCGGGACGACGUGGCCGCCCUGGCGCGGUACGUGCGGGACUUCCACCCGCGCCUCGUCGGGCUGACGGGCACGGCCGAGGAGGUGCGGGAGGCGGCGCGGGGUUACCGCGUGUACUACAGCGCCGGCCCCAAGGACGACGACAACGACUACAUCGUGGACCACACCGUCCUCACCUACCUGAUCAACCCUGACGGCCUCUUCCUGGAUUAUUACAACAGGACCAAGAGCGACGAGCAGAUCGCCGACAGCAUCCGCAACCACAUGAAGACCUACGUCAAGCUCUUCCCACACUGAAGAGAGGCCGCCCUCCCCUCUGUAGCAGGACAAUGUAGUGUGUGUAUACAGUAAACUGAAUUUGUUUGACAGCUCUAAAUCAAACUGUAUCCCAGAUGACUUUACCAAACCUGCCUUAUGCCCAGAGCUGUGUAAACCGAAAGAAUCAUUGUUCUCUGCCCAAGGAUCCGUCUCAAGGAUUCUGCACAGCUAUGGGGGCCAAUUGUGACUGAUGAGUCUAUUAUUUUGAUUAAAAAAAAAAAAAAAGUUGCACUAAGGUUCGAACCUGUCAGUUUCAUUUGCCAGCAGUGGCCCUCAGCAGCAGAAAAAAUCGUUACGGGGGGAUAUGAGUGGGCUUCCUCGUCUCAGCUCUUUCAAACACUCUGUGAUUCGUCAGGCGCCUCCAGGUGUCAGUGGAGUUGCACCUAUCCUCCAAAGAGCUCCCACUUCACUGUAGUGCAAUAUGUGAUUUGUAGUGUAAAAAAUAGCUGUCGGCUGUGUAUGAGUUUAAAUACGCAGGAAUGCACAGACAUAGAGAGAGGAACAUGCCCCAAUCCCCUAAUUAAUUCACGGUGUAAUGAUAACUGCAAUUUACAACUGAUACAUAAAACACUGAAGUAUG